UCUUUCUGUCCUGCAUCUCCCUGAUCGCACAUUUGCCACCGCGCCCACAGAGGCCAGCACCAUCAUCCGUUCUGCCCGCCUGCCCGACUGGAAUCUGUCCUCCACCGGGCCUCGGUUAUUUGCACUGUUGCCCGACUCUAUCCUCUGCAUCCUCGUAGCCAUCUGCACCACCUCUCUCGCUCGUCCCCUCGUUCGUUUGUGCCAUCAUGGGUAUCCUCGAAAAGAUUGCCGAGAUCCAGGCGGAAAUCAGCCGCACCCAGAAAAACAAGGCCACCGAGUACCAUCUGGGUCUACUCAAGGCUAAGUUGGCCAAGUACCGAGUGAUGCUCCUGGAGCCCACCACCAAGGCCGGCCCCAAGGGCCAGGGAUUCGAAGUCGUGCGGUCGGGCGAUGCUCGUGUGUCGCUUAUCGGAUUCCCUUCCGUCGGCAAGUCAACGUUCCUGAGCAAGGUCACCGGCACUACAUCCGAGGCAGCGUCAUACGAGUUCACCACGCUCACCUGUAUCCCGGGCAAAAUCCAUUACAACGGCGCGGCGAUUCAGCUGCUCGAUUUGCCCGGUAUCAUCGAAGGCGCCUCGCAGGGCAAAGGAAGAGGUCGACAGGUCAUCGCCGUCGCCAAGACCUCGGAUCUCAUCCUGAUGAUGCUCGAUGCAACCAAGGGCCCUCGUCAGCGCGAGCUAUUGGAAGCUGAGCUGGAGGCUGUCGGCAUCCGAGUCAACAAGAACAAACCCAACAUUUACUUCAAGAUCAAGAAGGGCGGCGGUAUUUCGUUCAAUGCCACCCUUAAACUCACCCAGCUCAACGAAAAGCUGGUCGUCCAGAUCCUCCACGACUACAAGAUCCACAACGCCGAUGUGCUGAUCCGCGAAGAUGCGAGCGUCGACGAGUUCAUUGAUGUCGUCCUGGGCAACCGCAAGUAUCUCACCUGCGUGUACUGCUACAACAAGAUCGAUCAGGUCUCGAUCGAGGAAGUCGACCGCCUGGCUCGACAGUCACACACUGUUGUCAUUUCAUGUGAAUCCGAUCUCAACAUCAACUAUCUUAUCGAGCAAAUCUGGAAGCACCUGAGUCUCAUUCGCGUCUAUACCAAAAAGCGCGGAGAAUUCCCCGACUUUGAUGGCGGCCUGGUCGUCAAGGCCCAGUCUACGGUCCAGGACGUCGUCCGCAGCAUCCACAAGUCGCUUCUGGACGAGUUCAACUACGCUCUCGUUUGGGGCACGUCGACCAAGCACAGCCCGCAGAGAGUGGGCAUGAACCACGUCAUGGACGAUGAAGAUGUCAUCCAGGUCGUCAAGAAGAAGGCCUAGGCGCUUGAGGACAUUGAUGGUCGUUGCCCGGACCCGAUAUGUGUACAAUACAUUCAACACAUGCAGCUCGAGAGGCGUCCGCGCCCUUGGCAUGACCAAAGCAACAGGAGGAGAUGAGUGCGGUCGGAUAUCGGUUGAAGCACCCAAUCGAUCACAGCUCUGUUCGAUUUCACUUUCGUCUCCGAAUGCAGUUUGUCCAGGACAACAAUGACAGUCUCCUUGGCCGCACUGCUGGAUCGAGC